CUACUACUAGUUGAAUUGACUCAUUGGUAGUACUGGAGUCAAAAAAGCAAAAGAAUGGGCGAAAAUGGAGGACCCCAAAUCUCAAACAAGAUGAUACCUGUUGAAGAAGCACUUGACAUAGUUCUAAGUGUAGCUCAGCGGCUGCCACCUGUAACUUUGCCUAUUCACGAAGCCUUAGGCAAAAUCUUGGCUGAGGAUAUUACUGCCCCUGACCCUCUUCCUCCGUAUCCUGCUUCUAUUAAGGACGGGUAUGCCGUUAUUGCCGCUGAUGGACCUGGUGAAUAUUCUGUAAUUGCUGAAUCAAGAGCAGGAAAUGAUGGAGUUGGUGUGACGAUUGCCCCUGGAACUGUUGCAUAUGUAACUACUGGAGGUCCAGUGCCUGAUGGCGCUGAUGCGGUUGUGCAAGUAGAGGACACUGAAUCAAUUUCAGCUGCUUCAUCUGAACUGAAGCGAGUGCGAAUAUUGAAGCAAACUAGCCCUGGGGUUGAUAUUCGUGCAGUGGGAUCUGACAUUGCACAGGGUACUAUCAUAAUGAGAUCUGGGGAGCGAUUAGGUGCUGCGGAAAUUGGUCUACUUGCCACAGUAGGUGUUGUCACAGUGAAGGUUUACCCUAGUCCAAAAGUUGCCGUCUUAUCAACAGGGGAUGAGCUUGUAGAACCAACAGUUGGGAGAUUAGACCGUGGUCAGAUUAGGGACUCCAACCGUGCAAUGAUCCUUACUGCUGCAACACAGCAGCAAUGCAGAGUUCUCGACCUCGGUAUAGCUCGUGACGAUGAGCAGGAGAUUGAGACGAUGCUAAACAAUGCAUUUGCUUCUGGAAUUGACAUCCUUGUCUGCUCUGGAGGUGUUUCCAUGGGAGACCGGGAUUUUGUGAAACCUUUACUUCAAAAGAAAGGGAGAAUAUUUUUUCAGAAGGUUCUCAUGAAACCAGGAAAGCCUAUCACAUUUGCUGAGAUCAUUCCCAGAUCAUCCAACGGGACUUCCGGGAAGAUUCUUGCAUUUGGGCUACCUGGAAAUCCUGUGAGCUGUUUGGUCUGUUUCCAUCUCUUUGUGGUUCCAGCCAUUCGACACAUCUCUGGGUGGGCAAACCCUCAUCUUCCAAGAGUGCAAGCUCGUGUAAAGCAUUCAAUUAAGACAGAUCCUUUCCGUCCAGAAUACCAUCGAGCUGUUAUCUCCUGGCAGUUGAACGAUGGGUCGGGUUCCCAAGGGUUCAUGGCUGAGAGUACAGGUCAUCAAAUUAGCAGUCGACUUCUCAGCAUGAAGUCAGCCAAUGCUUUAUUAGAGCUUCCGGCUUCAGACACUUCAUUACCUGCUGGUGCUUUAGUGUCUGCAAUUUUGAUUUCUGAUAUAAGCAAUUCGCCAGGGAGCAGGAGUUUGCAAUUGCCAGACUUGAGUAGCGUCCAACAAGAACAUAAGCCAGCAGCUGCAAAUACUGGCAGUUGUGAAGAUUCUGAAUUUAGGGUAGCUAUUCUUACAGUAAGUGAUACUGUUGCGGCAGGAUUGGGACCUGAUCGCAGUGGUCCAAGGGCAGUUUCUGUCGUCAAUUCAUCGUCAGAAAGGCUUGGAGGGACAAGUAUAGUUGCAACAGCUGUUGUGCCAGAUGAUGAGCAAAAGAUAAAAGACAUGUUGCAGAAGUGGAGUGAUGUUGACAAAGUGGAUCUUAUCUUACCUGGUGGGACCGGCUGUACGCCAAGGGAUGUUACCCCUGAAGCUACCAAAAGUAUGAUACAGAAAGAAACACCUGGUCUUCUCUAUGUUAUGAUGCGAGAAAGUCUGAAGGUAACGCCUUCUGCAAUGCUCUCACGUGCAGCAGCUGGAAUAAGAGGAUCAACACUGAUCAUCAAUAUGCCAGGAAAUCCAAACGCGGUUGCCGAGUGCAUGGAAGCUUUGCUCCCCGCCCUUAAGCAUGCGCUGAAACAGGUAAGGGGUGACAAGAGAGAGAAACAUCCUCGUCAUGUUCCUCAUGCGCAAGCUGCUCCAACAGAUACUUGGGAACGCAGUUACAAGUUGGCUUCAAGUGGUGUCCAAGAACAUGGUUGUUCAUGUUCCCACUAAAAUGUGACUUAACGAAAUAUUCCUGUGAAUUUUCCGAUGAGUUAUGUUGUUAUAGGUUACUGAAGUAUUUUGUAUAUACUUGGCAAAGCUUACUUCCCACUUCAGGAAUAUAUACCAAAGAGUAAUAGACUCAAAUGUUCCUUGUUGUGAUCUCUCUCUUUGAACUGCCAAUAAUAUCUCUUUAACAUUUACUAAA